AUUUCAUAUAAAACAUUUAAAUACAGUUCAACAUUAAUCGAACCUUAGCUAACUUGGUGGAAAGGUGGUUAGCUAACAAAAAUGGAACAUAGAAUGUUAUUUUUUUGGAUUUGCACUAUUUAUUUAAUCGUUUCACCCACACUAGCUGAUGAAGACGCAAACAAAAAAGUCUGUCGGAUAGUAUGCAAAAAUCCAGGAGGAGGCACAGCAACAACAAAAAGUCCUUUAGCCAGUUCAACAACACAAAAUAGUAACAGUGAAACCACAACAGCGUCACCUGGAGAACCAACAACUCCUCAAACUGAUAAUAGUUCUCCUUUGGUUGAAACUACAACACCGGAGAAUAGUUCUCCUACUGUUGAACCUACAACACCGGAGAAUACUUCUGCUGCUGAAACCACAGUAGCCGAAACUUCUCCGGUAACCUCUGCUGGCAGUAGUCCAACAACAACUGAAGAAACUAAUAACGAAUCUACAACACAAGGAGUUGAGAAUUCCCCAACUACUGAAGAGGUUCAUGAAAGUACAAGCACUGAAACUGUAACUGAUUCGACAACUGGUGCACCUGAAGGUCCUACAACAACACCUGAAGGUCCUAAAAUAACAGAAAGUAAUGACUCACCAACACCGGGAGAUGUUACUAGUCCCACCCAACCAGACACAACUGAGGAGGUUACUGCUACCACAGAGCAAGUAACAACUCCAGGUCAACUCUCGGCCUGUCCAUGUUCUUGUAUAGAAAAUGGUAAAGUUUAUACAGGAGGUCCAAAAGCAGCUUCUCGCCUGCAUAAGAACAAAUAUACUGCUGAGAGUAACAGACAUCAUGGUGAUCAUCAUGGCCAUUACAAAUCAUUGCAUCACGCCAGCCAUAAUCACCACGCUGAAGUUAAACAUCACGACAGCCAUCACCUGAAGCACGCUGAAGGAAAACACCAUGAGAGACAUCACCAUGCUGAGGGUAAGCACCAUGACAGCCAUCACCAAAAACAUGCUGAAGUAAAACACCACGACAGCCAUCAUAAACAUGCUGAGGUUAAACAUCACGAAGGCCAUAAAAUCCAUCACCAAGAAAAAGCUCAUCAUCAGCAACACGCUCAUGAAAAACAUCACGAAGCACAUGGCCACCAUCAACAACACUAUUUGAAGGAGAAAGAACACCACUCUCAUCAAGAGAGACUACAUACGUAAACAUUAGUCAAAGUGGUAUAUUAAAUACAAUAACAUAAUAAUAUAUUUUAACUAUUAAUAUAAAGAAAACGAUGCAUAGUAUUUAGUAGAUAUAGUGAUCAUGGAAGACUUGUACAUAUAAAUAUAUUUAAUAAAUUGUUUGUUUGAAUACUUA